AGUCUUCCGAGUCUUGAGUGCCUCUAAUUCUGCACGGAGUUACUGCCGGGUGCAGCGUCCAGUAGCUACUUCCGCCAGAAGUCCCUAGCUGCUCGAGCUCGGAUGCUACCCCGACACCAGGUCCGUCUCCUCCGCAGCCCGCCGGUCAGGGGCCGGUGGCAGCAGAAAGUGCAAGGCCUGGCGUGAAGCCUUCUCUGCGCCGAGUGCAGGCCAGUGGUGCCGAAGAGACUCCGGGAAGUGACCAGGGCGGUGCCCGCAGGCCUUAACGCACCCGCCCAAUAGGGGCGGGGCUCGACCUCCCGGACCUGCCCAGCCGAGGCGCUAGGUCUGCGGAUUAACCGCCCUGCGUCUGCGGGAGUAGGCCUCCCUCCGCUAGGGACAUGGAGUUUGCGGAGCUGAUUAAGACCCCGCGGGUGGACAAUGUGGUGCUGCACCGGCCUUUCUACCCUGCUGUGGAAGGGACCCUAUGUCUGACGGGCCACCACCUGAUCCUGUCUUCCCGGCAGGACAACACUGAGGAGCUCUGGCUCCUCCAUUCAAAUAUCGACGCCAUUGACAAACGAUUUGUGGGCUCUCUGGGUACUAUCAUCAUAAAAUGUAAAGAUUUCCGAAUAAUUCAGUUGGAUAUUCCUGGAAUGGAGGAGUGUUUAAAUAUAGCCAGUUCCAUCGAGGCAUUGUCCACUCUGGACUCGGUCACCCUGAUGUACCCUUUCUUCUACCGACCCAUGUUUGAGGUGAUUGAAGAUGGCUGGCAUUCCUUCCUUCCUGAGCAAGAAUUUGAGUUCUACUCUUCUGCUACCAGUGAAUGGAGACUGAGCUAUGUCAAUAAGGACUUUUCCAUCUGCCCUACCUACCCACCAACUGUCAUUGUGCCCAAGUCCAUCGAUGAUGAAGCACUUCGGAAAGUAGCAGCCUUCCGACAUGGGGGACGCUUCCCAGUCCUGAGCUAUUACCAUAAAAAGAACGGCAUGGUAAUUAUGCGAAGUGGUCAGCCCCUGACUGGCACAAAUGGGCGGAGGUGCAAGGAAGAUGAGAAGCUGAUAAACGCCACCCUUAGGGCAGGAAAGCGUGGCUACCUUAUUGACACCAGAUCCCUAAAUGUGGCCCAGCAAGCUAGAGCCAAAGGAGGUGGCUUUGAACAGGAGGCUCAUUAUCCCCAGUGGAGGCGGAUUCACAAGUCCAUUGAGAGAUACCAUGUUCUUCAGGAGAGCCUAAUCAAACUCGUGGAAGCAUGCAAUGAACAAACACACAGCAUGGACCGAUGGCUCGGCAAGCUGGAGGCCUCCAACUGGCUGACACACAUCAAGGAGAUCCUGACCACCGCCUGCCUGGCCGCCCAGUGCAUUGACAGGGAAGGUGCAUCAGUGUUGAUCCAUGGGACAGAAGGAACUGAUUCCACACUGCAGGUGACUUCUCUGGCCCAGAUCAUCCUGGAACCGAGAAGCAGAACCAUCCGAGGCUUUGAAGCCCUGAUAGAGCGAGAGUGGCUGCAGGCUGGUCACCCGUUCCAGCAGCGCUGUGCACAGUCAGCCUAUUGUAGCAGCAAGCAGAAGUGGGAGGCCCCCGUGUUUCUUCUCUUCCUGGACUGCGUGUGGCAGAUCCUGCGGCAGUUCCCCUGCUCCUUUGAGUUUAAUGAGCAUUUUCUCAUCAUGCUCUUUGAGCAUGCUUAUGCCUCACAGUUCGGGACGUUCCUGGGCAACAGUGAAAACGAGAGGUGUAAGCUGAAGCUACAGCAGAAAACAAUGUCUUUGUGGUCAUGGGUUAAUCGGCCCAGUGAGCUGAGUAAAUUCACCAAUCCUCUUUUUGAAGCCAACAACCUGGUCAUCUGGCCUUCUGUAGCUCCACAGAGUCUCCAGCUGUGGGAAGGAAUCUUCCUGCGCUGGAGCAGAUCCUCUAAGUAUCUGGAUGAAGCCUAUGAGGAAAUGGUUAACAUCAUUGAAUAUAACAAGGAGUUACAAGCCAAGGUCAAUGUCCUGAGAAGGCAGUUGGCUGAAUUGGAAACAGAAGAUGGGCUACGAGAGAGUCCCUGAAAGAUCUGCCGCCUGUCCUGAGGACCUGUCCAGGCCUCAGUCCGUCUCCCUCUGUUUGCCCUUCAGUUCAUGUACAUGGUAGCCUUGACCUUGGCUGUAGGUGUGGGAUCCCAGUAUCGUAAUGGCCUUCUCAGCACUUCGAGGUGGAGGUCACUAACACACAGAUACGCCUGUUAGGCCCUUUGCUUUGGGAACAGAAGGUACUGUCACCUCACUAAUCAUAUGAUACCUGUGCCCUGUGCUGUUCCCCAUCACCACUUAAGAAUCCACCUACAACGCGGGCCAGGCUUAUUUGCAUUCAAGUAUAGAGGUGUUUUUAAUGGAAAUGAUUGAGAAUUAUUUAUUUAACAUUCUGCCCCUCCUCUCCACCCCAGGUAUAAAAUUACCAUUCUUUUAAAAAAAAAAACAGUUUUGGACUAACAAUGCCUGUUUUGUCAAGAAAGAAAACCAGAAGAGUUAUUUGUGAUAAAUCCGUACUCAGACAACAGGUGUGGCCCUCUGAUAACUUCAUUAAGGGAUAAAUUUACAAGUAGACACUAAAAGUGCGUGCCCUAGAGAACUGAAGUAGGAAUUCCUCACUGCAGCCAUCUGCCCCCAUUGCGUUGGCUUUUCAGGUUUCUGACCACACAUACGAAAUGUGCUUUGAGCGGUGGGCGUGAGUGAAGCCAAGGCUUGAGUAGAAUUCACUUUUUAGACCUAUACAGCACGGAGAGCAUCUAUGAGCCAGAGGUGAGUUCUUACUUCACUGGUUGGUAUUUGCCUCCAUGUGACUUACUUUACUUUUAAAUAUUGUGCCCCACUAGACUUUCAUGUCCGUGUGAGCCAUUUGUAAAUUGGUCCUGUGUUAGGCAAGCAGGAUGCCCUGGAGUGGGAGGCUAGGAAAGUGACACAGCUGUUUGAGACCUCGCUGUGCUGAAGCAGGGGUUCGGUGACUGCAGUCAGCUCUAAGUGCUUCAUCUUUGCUGCCUGGGGAUUGGUGCUCUCCGGCCAUCUGUCUCAUGGUGGUUGCCAACUGCUUGCUGUUGCAAAUGCUGUCGUUUCUAGAAGAGAGUACCUGCAGAGUAACUUUUAAAGUCACGUCCACUCCAUCUAUGCAUAAUCAUUUCCAUGAGCCCUCUUUAAGUUGUGUAUCAAGAUGAAAAUAGGACCACUAGGGGUGGCACCUCUCUAAUUCCAGCACUUGGAAGGCAGGCUAAGGCAGGAGAAUUUAAGUUUGAGGCCAUCCUACGUAGUACGUUCCUAGCUAGCCUCUCUACAGGGUGAGGCUGUCUAAGACAGCAGGGUGUGUAGAAAGUGACCACUGCUUUCCAUCCCCAGUUGCCCUGUCUCCUCUUCCUUCUCCUGCCUUUGACCUGGGGCAGAGGCCAGGCACCAAUCAGCAAUCAAAUCUGCUCCUGGAUUUCCCCACAGCCACCUCUAAGCUCAGCUCUACGUGUGACCUACUCUUGGGCUCAUUGAGGAGUAGAGCAUGCGCAAGGCUGUCUCUCUGUAGGCCUGUUUUAUGUGAAUUGUCGGUCUUUAGUUUGAAGGAGAAAUUGCCUGGAUUUCUUGGGGCUGCUCAGCCACCAGCUGCACAGGUUUUCUCCUAUCUUUUGUCUCAGCCAUGUGUGAAGGAGUCCUCAACUUCUCAGCUGAUCCGUAAGAAAAGCCAUCUAGAGGUUUUUCCUUUGUGGUUCUUAAAAAGUGAUUCCCACUACUGUGAACCAGCCUUGAGGCUUCUGUGCACAGACACAUGGGGAAUUUAUUAUGUUUGGUCAGGGACCAAUAUCCCUGUUCCUAUGAAAACAGCAGUCACUACUGUUUUUGACAAGCUUGCAUUUAGUAUUGAUUUAUAAAUAGAGAUUAUAUAAAUGUCAGCUUUAAAAGCAAACCUUGGUAUCGUUCCACUUUCAGGGGUCAUUUAUUAUAGCAAACACUACAGUUUCCUAAGCUCGAGAACUCGAUUAAACACAGGUGUGCUGUCACUGAGUUGGGGUUUUAGGAGCAACACUGUCUGUAUCCUUCCAGUGAAUAAAUGCAGCAGCUACACUUAGGAAACUGGGUCAGUGUGAUGCUGAGUUGCUUGAAUGACCUGGGCUCUAAACCCUCUGGUGAAGGAGAUAGAGGACAGUUGUGCAAGUGAUGCUGUAUAGGAGCCAGUAAUCACAUGACCCCUCAGGUCCCCUCAUGCCCAUGGUCUCGGCUUACAUCCACGGAGGAUUCCACAGUGCAGGCCAUAGACUGUGGGAUGUCUCAGAGGCCAUGGCCCUCCUUUAUCAGCACUGCAGGGAUGCUUAGGUUAAGUGGGUAACUUUUGGAAAUCAGAAAACCAGAGUGACGAGAUCAUCUCAGAAACCUGAAACUUCUUUGUGGGCAAGACUUUACAGUGACAUCGGUAAUUUUUUAUUGUGUGCAAUGAAGAGAAAAGCAGAAAUAAUAAAAUUCAAUAGUCUUAACACAUUUAUUUUAAGGAAAAAAUCGAAUGUCAAAAGACAAAAACAGUGUAAUCUUCUCACCAAAUAUGAGAAGGUGGCAGCAGAUAUUCAUCUGAAAAUUCUAUAUCCAGGCUCUAAAACUCUUGGAAUUUGAGGCCUGACACAGUUGGGUCUUACUGCUGCAUUUCAUUUUUGAUAAAUGAGGUUUAGUGGGAUUUUGCCCUUUGAUUUGGUCAGGAUUUGGUUUGUGUUAAUGAAGUCAGUAUCACAGAGUUUUGACCAGAAUUUAAUCUCCCAGUGUGAAAACUGAGACAGAGCGUUUGUCCACAUGCCAAUUCUUAGAGUGGCCACUGGGAAGGGUCUGGUUUGGGUAGAGCCAUUGUCACUGUUAGGCUUGCUUAUGGGACUUCAUCUGAAGCUGAGGCCUUAAGGCCUUUCCAUGCAGAUGCUAGUGAUAGCUGUGUGAGGGCAGGAACCACUCUAGUGCCCACCCCGACCUGAUGUGGAAGCCUGGGCCUUCACCAACAGAUGUCAUUGGGCACAUCUGGUACAGAUUAUAGCAGUUCUCAUUGUGUCUCAAGGUGGCUUCCUUGCAGUGUUGGCCCGAAGACAGCAUUUGCUCCAAAGCUGGGACAUCCAUCAUCUCAACAAAGAGUAUGAAGAGACUGGUUUCUCCAUUUAUAUUUAUUGGCAGACAGCACAGUGUGCAAGACGUCCUUUCUACUGUAAUUUUCAAAUUUCUAAUAAAUUUGGUUCUGUUUUCACUCUGCCUCAUAA